GCGGCACAGGCGGAUAUCUUCGUGCUUUUAGCAGCAGCAGUUUGUGGAGUUGGAGUCGGAGGGUGGAGGAGUGCGGAGCAGACUGCGUGAUUCUCUCUGUCCUGAUCGCUUUGAGCCGGAUCGAUCACAGCUGAUCAGAUGGGAUCGAUGGAUUAGAGAUAUGGCGUGUGUGUGCGUGUGGCUGGCGUGUGUGUGUCUGCUGAGCGUGCGUGUUGAGGCUCAUGAUGGAUUGGAUAGAAGCAGUGACUACGCCCACCUGGAGCAGCAUCACCAUCAUGUGGUGUCCACCAGCGACACAACCUCAGAUCUGUGCGCGAUAGACCAGCAGCUCUGCGAGGACGAGAACUCCCUGCUGAGCUUCGAGGCGAUCCGCAGCAUCCACAAGCUGAUGGACGACGACGCCGACGGCACGGUGGACGCGACCGAGACGGACGAGUUUCUCAGGGAGGAUCUGAAGGAUCACAACCCCAAAGCCAAACACAGCAGCUUCCACCGAGCCGACGCCCACAUCAGCGUGGAGGACAUGUGGAACGCCUGGAAGGGCUCUGAAGUCUACAACUGGACGGUGCAGCAGGUGGAGGACUGGCUGCUCGCCAGCGUCGAGCUGCCUCAGUACAGCGAAAGCUUCAGGAGACACCAGCUGGAUGGCCAAGCCCUGCCCAGGUUGGCGGUGAAGAACGCCACCCUGACCGUGUCUGUGCUGAAGAUUUUAGACCGGAGUCACGCUCAGAAGCUGCAGCUCAAAGCUCUCGACAUCGUGCUGUUCGGACCGCCGCCAGGCCGGCAGAGCCGCUGGAAGGACCUGGUGCUGGGUCUGUCCAUCCUGAUGGCGCUUGGCGGCUGCUGGUUCGCCUACGCCCAGACCCGGAAGUCCAGAGACGAUCUGGGGAAGCUGAUGAAGGACCUGGACAGCCUGCAGAGGGCGGAGCAAAGCCUGCUCGACCUGCAGGAGAAGCUGCAGCAGGCUCAAGAGGAGCAGCGCUGCGUCCAGGUGGAGAAGGUGAAGGUGGAGGAGGAGCUGAGGAACGAGAUCAACUCGGCCAAGGAGGAAGCUCUGCGGCUUCGUGAGCUGCGAGAGGGAAACGAGAACGAGCGGAGCCGGCAGAAAUAUGCCGAGGAGGAGCUGGAGCAGGUCCGCAAGGUGCUGAAAAAGGCAGAGCGGGAGCUGGAGUCGCGAGCCCGCUGGACGCCUCCGGAGGCGCUGCAGAAGUGGCUGCAGCUGACGCACGAAAUCGAAGUUCAGUAUUACAACAUCAAGAAACAGAGUGCCGAGCGGCAGCUGCUACAGGCCAGAGAGGGGGCAGAGAAGAUCAAGAAGAAGAGGAGUUCUCUGUUCGGCACGUUUCACGUGGCUCACAGCUCCUCGCUGGAUGACGUUGACCACAAGAUCCUCUCCGCCAAACAGGCACUGGCUGAGGUGACGGCGGCGCUGCGGGAGAAGCUGCACCGCUGGCAGCAGAUCGAGUCUCUGACGGGCUUCUGUUUGGUCACCAAUCCAGGCCUCGGUGCGCUAGCCACCGCCCUCAACCUGGACCCGUCCUUCCUCGGGCUGCGACCUCCGACCCCUCAGCACCUUCUCCUUUCUGAUGACCUCGAUGACAUGGACGAGGACAUCCUGUCUCCGGGGACGCUGCAGUACGCAGCGUGGCAGAUGGACCGGCGAGUCAGCGACCUCUGGCCCCUGAGUGGCAUCGCAGACACCCAGUCAGCGUGGAAACAAUCCGCUCAGAGUGUGAUGCCCCUGCGACAGAGGAUCGGAGACCCCGCCCUGAACACUUUCAGCUCUCAGAGGGACAUCAUGAACCGCUCAGACUCUGACUCCGCCCUCCCGCUGUCUCACGGUGACCCCCGAGGUCAGCACAGCUCAAAGUCCUUCCUCCUGACGUCCAGACUCCACCCACUGCAGGACCCGGGCUCCAGGCUGGGUAUGGGAGGUGGAGGAGGAGGUCUGGAGAAGAGUUCCAGCCUCGGGGAGCUGAGGGGCAUCUCUGCUUCCGUCCUCGCCUCCGCCUGCUCCACUCGCUCCCUCUGCAUCCCGUCGGACGCUACAGACGGAACCGCUGUCUUCUCGUCGUCCACCUCUUCCAGCUCGUCAGGCAGUGCCCGGGGGGCGGGGCUCCAGGUUCCCACCAGAAAGGGCGGAAAGGAGGAAGAUGCCGGCGAGGACAGCGAGUCGUCCGGCAGCCGCAGGAGAAACGCCUUUAACAAGCUCUUCAAGAAGAAACAUGGACGCCACUGAGCAUCACGCCAAACCUUCACCUGCUCACAGGAAACCAAACGCUUUACGCUGCUGCCGGUUUACCUCGUUUGAUCGUCUCUCCACAUGAGAGCGAAGAUCAGACCUCACAUACCACCAAAGAAAAGACGAGGAGGACCGAGGAGCCGAAACAAGGACGACCAGACCAACCAUCAGCCCCAGUCCAGCAAACUAACACGAACAUCGGCUCCCUGAGUAUUUAAAUACUGUUGUAGUGGUACUUUUACUGCAGGGAAGGAGGGAAAUACUUCACUGCAGGAACUGCAUCAUGUGUAAAAAGCUGUUUUUGAGUUGAUGACAUUAUUGUGUGCAGCAGUUUUCACGAUGUUACCAAAGAAAUAUCACGGUUUUGUUUUUUCCUAUAAAAGUGCCUCAGAAGUCCAAAAUCUGCUGUGAGGCAGACUGUGGUUUGUAAGUGAUGAAGAUGCCCCAGAGCACUGCAGUGACUGAGCCUCACCUGUACGGAGGCCUGAAGCUGCCAGACUAAACAGAGUCAUGUAAACAGCUCAGUAAAUAGAAUAUUUCUGCCUUUAAAUGUACCAAAAAUAAUAAA